AUGCUGCGUCUGGCAGCCUGUCGACACGCUCGCCGGCUGCCCCUCACAUCGACACGCAGACAAACCACGACACGCAUCAGCAGCAAUGCACAAGCAACAUGGCCAGAGCAUGCGAGUCACCAAGGCCAGGUACGGGCUCUGAGGAGCGCACCCGCCAAGCAUGACUCGGCAACUGCCUAUCCCUUCGAGGACAUCUCGCUCGGCAGUCCCCGGGGCAGACUGGCCUCGCUCGACACGGCAGCGACAGACUCACAACGACGUUAUGCCUACUUCUACCUUGACUCACUCUUUCCGAUCAGGCUGGGCGUGUGGGAUGUGCGCUACUUGGUGGCAGAGAUGCUCAAGGAUGCUCUGCUCGAUCGACUGCGCGUAGCAGUGCCGAAUGACGCAAAGUACUCGCUCAGAGUGGAGAAUGUACUCGAGAGGAGCAAGGAUGGAGGCUGUUUUGUCAAUUUCAGCUACAUACCACCCUCGAGAGCGAUAGCACAAGAGCAGGAGGAAAAGGCAGAGGCAGAGCAAGCGGCAGAGGCAGUCAAAGCAGAUAGCAAAAAGGCCGACAAUGUCGAGGAGACAGAGGCAAAGGAGGACGUGCCUGAUCCGUCCCUGGUCGAUAUUCAAGAUCUCAUCCGUGCCCACUUUGCCAAGCAAACAAACCUCAAGCCAUGGUACCUCUUCAGUCCUCUCCGGGUCUUCCUCGUCAGGGGCAAGCCUUGGCUCGAGGACAUGAACCGGUUCCCCAAUAGCGUCAUCCGCAUCGAAUUCGAAGGCACAUCCUCAGAUAUACCACAAGAGCAGCUAUGGGAAAUGCUCAGACCCUACGGACGUAUCCAUGACAUCACGCCUCAGCCGCCCUCGAGCAAAGACUUGCCACGCUACGCAGAGGUACAAUUCCGAACGACGAGAAGUGCAGCGGCCGCGCGAAAUUGCUUGCAUGGACUGCGCCUCAAAGCACCCUCGGGCAGUAUCGUCCUUCGCAUUCUCUACAAAGAGAGACUGAGGAGCCAUGCAAUGCGCGACUGGAUCUCGUCCCAUCCUCGCAUCGUCUUGCCCAUCGUUGCGGUCCUGCUAGGUGGCCUCUCUUACUUGGUCUUUGAUCCCAUCAGAGGCUUCUUCGUCCGCGCGCAUGUCUGCGGCAUGUUCGACUUCAACGAGUAUCGCCUUGUCAAGUGGCUCAAAGUCGAAACGCUGGACAGGCUUGGCUUUUCUACUCGCAGCCAGUCUGCCAGUCCUGGCACGGGCAUCGAAAAGGAACGUCAAGAGGCUGCUGCCCAACUCUCCACCUGGCUACGGGACACGCCAGACACUUUCAUCGUCAUCACCGGUCCCCGAGGCUCCGGCAAGCAUGCCGUUCUCGACCAGGCCCUUGCAAACCAACGCAACGUGCUCGAGAUCAACUGUGAGGAUAUCGUCCGUUCGGCAAAGAACGACAAUCAGCUCGUGUCGGAGAUAGCCAGACAGACCGGCUACUGGCCUGUCUUUGGCUUCCUCGCCAGUCUCAACAGCAUGCUCGAUCUCGCUGCGGUCGGCCUCAUAGGUACAAAAGCUGGCUUUGCCACUUCUGUCGACCAGCAAAUCAAGCAGAUCUUCGAAGUCACCGCAUCUUCACUCAAGAAACUCUCAGACGAAGCGAAGCAGGAGCGUACAGAAGCCCUUCGGAAGAUUGAGGCCUCAAAGCAGACCAAGACCGAGAAAGAGAAGCAGGUCGAGACUGCGAUCAUGCAGGGCGAAGUGCGCGACAGUCGUCUGCAGGCCGUUAGCGGUCUCGAAAGCAUCUCUGAAGCUGGCGUCAGUCCCGGUCAAGACUCUGAGAAAGAAAUCGUUGCGGAAGGUCCCGGCGCAGCAAACGAGCUUCGAAAGAUCUCUGAUGACAUCCUGGGAGCAAGUCCUGAUGCAUCUGCCGAUCUCGACAAGAUCCCCAUCGUUGUCAUUCGAGGCUUCUACAACAAAGGUGGCCGAAAGCAGGACAUGCUUUGGACCGCACUAGCAGACUGGGCCGCUCUACUCGUCGAGAACCAGAUUGCGCACGUGGUACUGACCUCAGACUCGGUCUCGGUCACGAAACCGCUGCAAAAGGCUAUGCCCAGCAAGCCUAUGUCUUCCAUGAUCAACCUCACCGAUGCAUCGUCUGACAACGCACUCCAGUACAUUUCUGCCAAAUUAGCGGAAUUGAAUAAGGGCGAUCUACUCAACAAGUCGACGGAAGCUGCCGUGAUGCAACUUGGCGGACGUUUGACCGAUCUGGAGAUCUUGAUACAGAAGGUCCGAGGUGGCAUCGAUCUGGACGAAGCUGUCGACGACAUUGUCAGCCGUUCUGCGGCAGAGAUUCGCAAGAACGCAUUCGGAGACGAUAACGAAGAAGCGAGCAAUCUGCCAUGGACACGCAGUCACGCUUGGGCUAUCUGUAAGCAACUGAGUGCGAAUGACGAGCUCAAGUACAGUGAUACGCUUCACAACACCUUCAAAGACAAUGACAAGGCACUGCACGCGCUUGAGCAGUCCGAGAUCAUCUCUAUCGUCCAUCGCGACGGCAGGCCAAGCGCAAUCAAGCCCGGCAAACCCGUCUACCGGUCAGCUUUCCAGCGACUCACGAGCGAUCCCAUCUUUUUUGCAUUGAACGAGCUCGCGUCUGCCGAGAAGGCAAUCGCCACCGCCGAGGCUGACAUCGCGGCAGCCGAGAAAGAUCUCGUCAGUCUCGGACAGCUCUUCUCGCAGGACAAGGGCAGGUGGAUCUUCGGAAAUUCGUCGGCGGUACCCGUCGAGAUUGCCAGCCGCGUAGACGGAUUGCUUGCCAAGAUGCGUGCUGCCGAAGACGCCAUAACAGCAUCGAACGAGAAGAUCGAAAAGCAAGUCGCCGUGCUGAGGUCGACUCGCUAG